UCCAGAGAAUGGUCCCUGGAAAGUGACUCUAGACACUCCUAGUUUUAAACCAAUAAUGGUGUACAGUAGAAACAGACAGUUAAAAGAACGUCUUUACAAAGCCUUUAUCUCUCGAGCCAUAGGCGGGCAGUAUGACAACAGUGUACUGAUCGAUGAGAUUCGUCAGCUGAGGCAUGAGAUUGCCAGAAUUCUUGGCUACGAAAACUUUGCUGAACUGGUGGUGAGUAGAAGCAUGGCAGGAAGUGUGGAGAAGAUCUGGGAGUUUAUUGACAUUCUACGUGACAGGAGCUUUUCAGGUAGGGAAGUGGAGUGUGAUAAAUAGUGGUUGCAAUUGGGUGAGUGGAUGCUUUUUG